AUGAACUAUUUGGAGAACGAUGUUUAUUCAAAUGUAAAGGUUGAGUGGGUUGAUGUUUCACCUAGAGAACGUGAACGAAUUUUAUCGUUAAAUAGUAAACAUCAACAGAAACAAAAAAAGAUAAAACCUGUUGAAUCACCAGUAUCAAAUGUGUUCCAUUUAUCUCAAGAUGCAAUGGCUGCUCGCGUCUUCAGUAUUGUUCAAACGACAACGAACUACGCUCAAAGACCGCUGAGAAUAGGCAGUUCAAAAUGCUCAUUAACAGCCGCAAGUGACAAGAGUAAAAAAGAAAAUUUUGAUGCAGCUAUGAAAGAAUUAUCCGGUUUCCUUGAUCAAGCUGAACAAGUGCAAACUCAGGAUUACACAAUUCUCCCAGCAGCAAAACGUCUUCGUUCAUCGCCCUCCAACGCCAUGGAACAGUCACAAUCAACAAUUGCUCGUUUUUCUAGUCAUGACAGUUAUUUAAAACCUUUUCCACCAGCCUCUCCUCCACAAUCAUCAUUAUUAUUAAUAUCACCAAACGAUGACGAUAAUUCGUUUUUUCAAGAUGCUUGUUUAUCAGAUUGGAAUACGCCACCAUCAAAUAGAAAAAUGACUUCGACGAUCACCACACCUACAACAGUAGUAUGUGAAAUAGGAAAUAAAAAUCGAACUAUGUCAUCAUCCGUAGCCACAUUUCCAAUGUACAGAAAAUCAACAGUUACCGAAACAAUUACAACAAUUCAAGAUCCUACAGAAACCAUUAUUGAACAAGAAAAGCAAAUACCUAGUACUACUACUAUUACUAGUACAAUUGAUUGGGGUGACGAUGGUGCUGAUGACUGGCUAAGCCAAAUUCCAAUGGAAAGUCUUGUGAGCGAAAGUCUAAAACCGAAGACAACAUUGCCAGUUGAUGACAUAUUAAAAGUGGUAUAUGAUGAUUCGUUAUUAAACGAAAAUGCAACGCAAAAUAAUACUCGAAUACUGCAGAAUAAAGAAGUAUUCAAAACAUUUAUUAAUUCAGAUAAUAAUUUAAAUGAUACGAUCCCAACACUUCAAAGUCCAAAAGAUGUUGUGCCACUUUCUCCACUACCAACGGUUACGUUGAAAACUGCUGCAGCCAUUCAUCGAACAAUAACCGAUCCAUUACCGACACAUUGUUAUAGACUACAACAGCAACAACAACAAUCAAAUGAAUUGAAGCGUACACGUUGUGAUUCCGUACCGCAGCCUUCAAAUAAUGUUGUUGUUGUUAAAAGACAAUGUACACCGGAGGAAAUUGAACAAAAACGUCGAGCGGCAUUAGAAAAACGAAAACAAGCAUCUUUAGUUCAAGUAAAACAGCGUUAG